AACUUUCAGAACAAGGUUAGAAAAAACGGAAAAAAACUAUAAUUUUUUUGAGUUUAAAGUUUAAAUUACAAAAAUAAAAGCAAUGUUUAAUCAAACGAAAAUAAAACAAGAAGUUUGUGAGGAGACGUGUAAAGUACAAAUAGAUAGUGAUGUGAAUGUUCCUCUUCUUUAUAAUCUUAAAAUUGAAAUUAAGGAGGAACCCAAAAGAGAAGCUGCUGACUCUGCUAGUUAUGCAGACUUACAAAUGCCGAUAAAGUCUGACAUAGGACAAGAUGAGCAUGAGCUUAUGCCGUUGGAAGGAAGACAGACAAAUGGAAAAGGCUUUCCGCAAGAGGAGAACACAUUGGGAAUAAUGAAAACAAUACCUGUAAACCCAUCUAAAAAGGAACGUAUAAGUCAAUCCGCUAAAGAAAACCCAAUACAAUGUGAAAUGUGUUUUCGGCGAUUUACUUGUAUAAGUUCCUUAGCUGAGCAUACGAAAAUUCACAGUGGAGAAAAACCUUACAAGUGCGACAUUUGUUUUGGGAGGUUUUCUCAUGCAGAUGCUUUGAAACAACAUAUAAGAUCGCACCCUGGAGAAAAACCUAACAAAAGUCAAAUGGGCUGUAAGCUGUCUUCUCAGGCAGAUUCUUUGCAACAACAUGUAACUUCUAACAAUGCAGAAAAACGAUACAAGUGCGAAGUUUGUUUGAAGCACUUUGGUCAAGCAUCUGAUUUGAUACAACAUAUAAGAACGCAUACUGAAGAAAAAUCUAACAAGUGUCAAAUGUGCUUUAAGCAGUUUACGCAUGCAGAUGAUUUGAAACAACAUAUAAGGUCGCACACUGAAGAAAAACGUUACAAGUGCGAAAUUUGUUCUAAACAUUUUUGUCGAGCAUUUCAAUUGAAACAACUUAUAAGAAUGCACACUGAAGAAAAACAUAACAAGUGUCAAAUAUGUUUUAAGCAGUUUUCUCAUGAAGGUUCUUUGAAAGAACAUAUAAGAUCACAUACUCUAGAAAAACGAUACAAGUGCGAAGUUUGUCUUAAAGUCUUUGGUCAAGCAUCUGAUUUGAAACAACAUACAAGAUCGCACUCUGGAGAAAAGCGUUACAAAUGUAAAGUUUGUUCUAAGCAUUUUUGUCGAGCAUUUCAAUUGAAACGACUUAUAAGAAUGGACACUGAAGAAAAUCUUAAAGAGUGUCAAAUAUGUUUUAAGCAGUUUUCUAAGGCAAGUUCUUUGAAAGAACAUAUAAGAACGCACACUGAACAAAAAUCUUACAAGUGUCAGAUGUGCUGUAAGCAGUUUUCUCAGGCAGAUUCUCUGGAACAACAUAUAAGAUCGCACCCUGGAGAACAACGUUACAAGUGCGAAGUUUGUUUUAAGCACUUUGGUCAAGCAUCUGAUUUAAAACAACAUGUAAGAACGCACACUGAAGAAAAACCUUACAAGUGCCAAAUAUGUUUUAAGCAAUUUUCUCAGGCAGGUUUCUUGAAAGAACAUAUGAGCUCGCAUAUUAAAGAAAAACGCUUUAAGUGCGAAGUUUGUUUUAAGCACUUUGGUCAAGCACCUGAUUUGAAAAAACAUAUAAGAACGCACAGUGAACAAAAAGCUUACAAGUGUCAGAUGUGCUGUAAGCAGUUUUCGCAGGCAGAUUCUUUGAAACAACAUAUAAAAUCGCACACUGGAGAACAACGUUACAAGUGUAAAAUUUGUUUUAAGCAAUUUGGUCAAGCAUCUGAUUUAAAACAACAUAUAAGAACGCACACUGAAGAAAAACCUUACAAGUGCCAAAUAUGUUUUAAGCAAUUUUCUCAGGCAGGUUUCUUGAAAGAACAUAUGAGCUCGCAUAUUAAAGAAAAACGCUUUAAGUGCGAAGUUUGUUUUAAGCACUUUGGUCAGGCACCUGAUUUGAAACAACAUAUAAGAACGCACACUGAACAAAAACCUUACAAGUGUGAAAUGUGCUGUAAGCAGUUUUCUCAGGCAGAUUCUUUGGAACAACAUAUAAGAUCGCACCCUGGAGAACGACGUUACAAGUGCGAAGUUUGUUUUAAGCACUUUGGUCAAGCACCUGAUUUGAAACAACAUAUAAGAACUCACACUGAACAAAAAUCUUACAAGUGUCAGGUGUGCUGUAAGCAGUUUUCUCAGGCGGAUUCUUUGAAACAACAUAUAACAUCGCACACUGAAGAACAGCGUUACAAGUGCGAAAUUUGUUUUAAGAUCUUUGGUCAAGCAUCUGAUUUAAAACAACAUAUAAGAACCCACACUGAACAAAAACCUUACAAGUGUCAGAUGUGCUCUAAGCAGUUUUCUCAGGCAGAUUCUUUGGAACAACAUAUAAGAUCGCACCCUGGAGAACAACGGUACAAGUGCGAAAUUUGUUUUAAGCACUUUGGUAAAGCACCUGAUUUGAAACAACAUAUAAGAACUCACACUGAACAAAAAUCUUACAAGUGUCAGGUGUGCUGUAAGCAGUUUUCUCAGGCGGAUUCUUUGAAACAACAUAUAACAUCGCACACUGAAGAACAGCGUUACACGUGCGAAAUUUGUUUUAAGAUCUUUGGUCAAGCAUCUGAUUUAAAACAACAUAUAAGAACCCACACUGAACACAAACCUUACAAGUGUCAGAUGUGCUCUAAGCAGUUUUCUCAGGCAGAUUCUUUGGAACAACAUAUAAGAUCGCACCCUGGAGACCAACGGUACAAGUGCGAAAUUUGUUUUAAGCACUUUGGUAAAGCAUCUGAUUUGAAACACCAUAUAAGAACGCAUACUGAAGAAAAACGUUACACGUGCCAAAUAUGUUCUAAGCAAUUUUCUCAGGCAAGCUCCUUGAAAGAACAUAUGAGCUCGCAUAUUAGAGAAAAACGUUUCAAGUGCGAAGUUUGUUUUAAGCACUUUGGUCAAGUAUCUGGUUUAAAUCAACAUAUAAGAACGCACACUGAACAAAAACCUUACAAGUGUCAGAUAUGCUGUAAGCAGUUUUCUCAGGCAGAUUCUUUGGAAGAUCAUGUAAUAUCGCACACUGGGAAAAAACGCUACAAGUGCUACAUAUGUUUUGAGCAGUUUUCUCGGGAAGGUUCUUUAAUGCAGCAUAUAAUCUCUGAGCAUAUGAAAUAACAUAUAUGAGAUUCCACAUUGAAAAAAAAAUUGAAAACUAUGAAAUGUUUACACAAUUUUUCUUUGCAACUAUUUUGCAACACCGUAUAAUAUGCAAGUUCAACUCUAUAUUAUAUUUUAAAGUGAUUUGAAAGAAAUAUUGGGCGAUACAAGCUGUGAAUUAAGCUGUUGAGAUGUUAUUGUUAUAAAAAAUUCAAUAUUAUUCAGAAUAGUUAUUUAUUUGCCGGAAAUAUUCAACUAAUUGACGACAGUGAUUGGUCCAAGAUGAAUAAUUUUUCAUCGCGAGGAUGUGAUGUUGGUUCAGUCCAACCAAUUUUUGAUGAAUAACUACUUGGGAUUGAUGAAUCGUUCAAAUUUGGUACCAUUCUUCGUUAUUAUAAAAAAGCGCUUCGGAUGAUGGUUUAAUUUAAAUUUGUAUUUUAAAAACAAUAAAUUCAU